AUGUCUCUCGCACCGUUCGCUGAGCCUUUGUGGCACACUCGAGGACUAAGUCCCUACUACAAAGAAAGCCACGCCCGCCUCCGGGACGCGGUACGAGCCUAUAUCGAUAAGCACAUCUCCCCAUUUUGUGAAGAAUGGGAGGAGAAGGGCGGUGUACCACUGGAGGCCGCCAAGCAUUUUGGUCAGCAAGGCUUCAUGGCAGCCGCCAUCUAUCCUCUUGCUGCCGAGCACUUGGGAAAUCUGCGGCUACCAGGCAACAUCUCCCCUCAAGAAUGGGACGAGUUCCACGACUACGUCUUCAUCGACGAGGUGGCACGCUGCGGGUACCUGGGUGUGAUCUGGGGUCUCUCGUGCGGCAACGUGAUUGGCGCGCCGCCACUCAUCCGCUUCGGCAGCCCAGAUCAGCAGCGUCGGUACGUGCCUGACAUUCUGGCCGGCAAGAUCCGCUUCUGUCUUGCUGUCACGGAACCGGACGCAGGGUCCGACGUCGCUGGUAUCACGACCACCGCGGAGAGGAGGGGGAACAAGUACAUUGUCAAUGGCGCCAAGAAGUGGAUUACCAAUGGUAUCUGGGCCGACUAUUGUACGGCCGCGGUGCGGACAGGAGGUGAGGGCCAAAAGGGGAUAUCAGCACUUAUCAUCCGCUUGGAUAGCCCCGGCGUUACUAGGAAGAAGAUCCGAAACUCAGGCGUGGAAGCCAGCGGCUCUACAUACAUUGAGUUUGACAAUGUUGAAGUUCCAGUCGAGAAUCUCCUUGGCAAAGAGAAUGAAGGCUUCCCGAUCAUCAUGUCAAACUUCAAUCAUGAGCGAAUCUGGUUGGCUAUCACCGCCCUUCGACUGUCAAGGGUUUGUGCCGAGGAUGCGUAUCUGCACGCAACCCGACGCGAGACGUUUGGCAAGACUCUUAUAUCAAACCAGAUUAUCCGCGCCAAACUAUCAGUAGCCGGGCGCCGGAUUGACUCGGCCCAGGCUUACCUUGAACAGCUCGUCUUCAUGCUGGGUCAGGCGAAACGAGAAGGCAUGCCGGAGCCUCUGGGCAUCGGCGGCCUCAUUGCCAAUUGCAAGGUCCUCUCAUGCCAAGUACUCGAAAAUGUGAACCGCGAGUGUCAACAGAUCAUGGGCGGGUUGGGAUACUCGCGAGGUGGUCGUGGUGGCAGGGUAGAGCAAAUCAGUCGGGACUUGAGAUGCCUAGUCGUAGGAGGGGGCAGCGACGAGAUCCUGACAGAUUUCUCUCUGACCCAUGAGGUGAGAUCACUCCAGAAGAGCAAAUUGUAA